AUGAUCGUCAGGUCACUUGAUCCUAACAAAGAUCCAUUUAGACCAAAAGAAGAUGAUGAAGAGAUACUUGGUCCAGAAGUACCAUAUCUCAGUGCAAUAGGUGCACUUAUGUACCUAGCAAAUAGCAGUAGGCCAGAUAUUGCAUUUGCAGAAAAUUUAUUGGCCAGAUUCAGUUCAUCUCCUACCAAACGACAUUGGAAUGGGGUUAAGCAUAUUUUGCGCUAUCUUCAAGGGACAAGUGAUCUUGGCCUAUUUUACCCGAAUGAUUCUCGACAUGAGUUAUUAGGCUAUGCUGAUACUGGGUAUUUUUCUGACCCGCACAAAGCAAAAUCACAAACCGGCUAUAUAUUUACAUAUGGCGACACUGUGAGUUCCUGGAGAUCCACGAAACAGACAAUAACUACAACAUCAUCAAAUCAUGCCGAAGUAUUGGCUAUUCAUGAAGCGAGUCGAGAAUGUGUUUGGCUGAGAUUGAUGACCUAUCUUAUUAAAAAGAAUUGUGGGUUAAUAUCUGGAAAACGAAAAUCCCCAACGACUAUAUAUGAAGACAAUGCAGCUUGCAUUGCUCAGUUAAAGGGCGGAUACAUUAAAGGAGAUAGAACAAAACAUAUUUCCCAAAGUUUUUCUUUACUCACGAUCUGCAAAAGAAUGGUGAUAUUGAUGUGCAACAUAUCCGAUCAUCUAAAAAUCUUGCAGAUUUAUUAA